CAGAUGAAUUGGUGUAAAUUUUCACUUCUACAGGUUUCUUCUUGAGGAGAAACGAAAAACCUGCAACAUAAAUUAUUCACAAGAUGACAAUUCAGUAACAGUACGAUGGCACUGUAAAUCAAAGUAUGAAACUAGUAAGUGCCAUAACUAGGGCUGUCAUCAACAAGUACAAAGCUCUGCCUCUCCAAUUCAGUGCUGGUAUGACUCAGGUGGGAAGCAUGGCCGGGGGUAAUGACAAGCACAUAACAAGAGUGCUAUUCUGUGGACCAAAUUUUCCUGCCUCUCAUAUUUAUACUAGAGAAUAUCUGCAGAACUACCCUUUUGUCCAGGUUGAUGACAUCCCACUCUGCAAUGUGCCUGAAGUUAUAGAGAACUACCAUAUCUGUGUAGUGAAAGAUAUGCGGCUAGAUUCAAAGGUCAUUUCUCGUGCAAGUCAGAUGAAGCUUAUUAUGCAGUUCGGCGUAGGCCUGGAAGGUGUUGAUGUUGGUGCUGCUACAAAUUGUGGGAUCAAAGUCGCCCGAAUUCCAGGUGACAUGACUGGAAAUGCUCUAUCAUGUGCUGAAAUGGCUAUAUAUUUAAUGUUGGGCCUUCUUCGAAAGCAGAAUGAAAUGCAAAUUUCUGUGAGAACCAGAAAGCUUGGAGAACCUAUUGGAGAAACACUACUGGGUAAAACAGUAUUUAUCAUGGGCUUUGGAAAUAUUGGAAUUGAAUUGGCCAAGCGCUUGAAGCCCUUUGGUGUGAAAGUCAUUGCUACAAAAAGGAGGUGGGCAUCUCAUUCACAUGUUUCUCUUCAUCUAGAUGAAAACAUUACUCAAAAUGGAGCCAAUGAUGAUUUGGUUGAUGAGAAGGGUCAUCAUGAAGAUAUUUAUGAGUUCGCCAGCAAGGCUGAUAUAAUUGUUUGUUGCUUGAGGUUAGAAAAAGAAACAGUUGGCAUUGUAAACCAGACAUUUAUAUCUUCAAUGAGAAAGGGUGCCCUUUUGAUAAAUAUUGCUCGAGGGGGUCUCUUGGACCAUGAGGCAGUUGUUCAUAAUCUUGAGUCUGGGCACCUGGGAGGUUUAGCUACUGAUGUUGCCUGGACAGAACCAUUUGAUCCUGAUGAUCCUAUUUUGAAAUUAUAUAAUGUUCUAUUAACACCUCACGUGGCAGGGGUCACUGAAUAUGCUUACAGAUCCAUGGCUAAGGUAUUCACCUCGAGUUUGCUGGAUACUCAUAACUCAAAAUAACUCAAUAUAUUCCUAAUAAUAAUUAUUUUUUCGAUGCUUCGAGGAAAAUGUCUUAUUCUCCACAACUGUAUUCAUUUCAUUCUACUUCUAAUAAUACUUCUUUUUCUACUAAAAAAGCUCAUUAUAGAUAAGGUUUUGAUUGGUUUAGUUGCUUCAUAGGUUCUAUAACAACCUUAGACAUGUAGAUGGAAAUCACCUGCGUUAGGAAGUAUCUGCAUAGAUAUUCUGCCAACAUAGAUAUCUUUGCUGUUUUAGGAAAUGCUUGAAUAAGUGAUUGAAAACUAAAAGGGAGAGGAAUAGGUUCUAAGUACUUAUUAAGAACUAAUAU